CUAUCACUCACAUAAUUUUCCGAGAGGUGGUGGAGAGGUAGCCUCCAGAAUAUAUUUUCAACCCGAAGCUGCAUAGAGGUAAGCUGAGGUUUCAUUAGUAGAAAUAGGGGCUGAAGAAGUGUUUAGAGGCUUCUGGAAUUGGAUAGACGUUCCUAUUAACUUGGUACCCUUUCGUGUAAUUUCAUACUUAUCGUCUCGCCUGAUUUCCGUUUACAUGGCUGUAGAGAACUACGCAUCAUGCACAGUAAACGGAGCUAAUUUUCUGUUCAAAGUAUUAAGCGCGCCGCGUUCGGUUAAAAAUUUCCUUUAACGAAUAUCCAUCCAUGAGGAGCACGCAUGGAAUGGUGUUACGCAACUGUAAUUAAGGUCAUUCAAGGUUACACUUCUGUUCAUCGCUUUCGUGUCCCGGCCUUGUGAUUUCGUUAUGUAAAAUCACUUGAAUGCGAUCUCCUCAGCCGUUUCAAUUUCGCAUUUCUGUGGUCACUGUUUUACAAAAUUUGACCGGAAGUCUAGCAAUCGAGAGUAAUAAAGUAAGUGAUUUGACUCUUCAAUUGAAUGUAAACAGUAGAGCGACUGUUAGAACAGACGUACAUGUAGAAGAGAACUAACUUUAUUUUUAAGUAGAAUCAGUCUCUUCCAGCAGAUCCUUACAAAUUUGUGUAUUACAUGAGCCUUUUUAACGGUUGACGCUCAAAAACAUGGAUUCUCUAGAGAGACAAAUUAAGAAUGUUACCAAUGAUGAAAAUACAGAUCACAUGUACCGGUUGUGAUUGUGUUCCCACGUGUCUAUCUCAAGGCUAAGGUCUACACCUUAAAUUUCCUGUGAUCGUAAACAUUGGUCAUCUACUGAGAAGACUGUUUGAAACAAGUAGCAUUAUUUAAAUCUGUGUGAUACUAAAUAAUGUUAAAUGUAUGUUGCGAUGAUUUGUCACCAGAAUUAUUGGGACACCGAAGGGUAAUUUUGAUUCAUGUGUCACAACGGGUUUUAAAAAACAGGAAAAACAUAUCUCGGCAUGCGAAAAACUGAGCUAAUUUUGGAAAAAAUUUUGUAAAGGGGGUCUUGAAGCUCUACACAUGACACUAGUAUGACACAGAGUCAUCAUAGGUAAUAUUCAUUUGCUUACAUUAAUCAUGUAAUCAUACAGAACGUUUUGUCUCAGUUUGCACAAGAGUUGUCUCAGUUUGCACAAGAGUUGUCUGUGUCUGUGGAUAUUAAAAACAUGUGAAAAUCCAAUUUCAUUUUCCACUCACCAGAUCAAUGGACAACACAUCCAAGUGAUUAGAAUAUUUUGAAGUAUUAUUCAACAUAACAUCUGUACAUGGGUGUACAUACACAUGUAUUUAAAUUUAUGAAAGAUGUUUGUUUUAAAGGUUUUAUGAAAAAAGAAUGAUAUCUAAAUGCUUGAAUGCAACACCAGUCCUUGAUUUCAUGAUUAUAAUUUUCAAGUGGUGACAAGUGUUAUUGAGAAAGGUUAUAUGCUAAGGAGAUGAUAUUCUCAAAGCCCAAAAUCUACUAGAGACGAAAAACAUUUCAAGCAAAGUACUUUGUAAAGGUUUAAAAAUAUAUGGACCUUAGCAUUGCUGUCUUUUUUUUUUUUUUUGAGGUUAAUUACACUCGGAUCAAGGUACACAAAUGUUGUAGAAAUCGGCAAAUAACCAUGCAGUGGUACUAAGACAGGAAAAGCACUAAGUAGGUGGUUCCUGCAUUAUGGUGUGGUGGUGCAGUCCAGGGGUCAGGCAAAAUAUUCAAAAUAUUCUCAGAGUUAGGUCCAAAAUGCAUCAUUUGGACUUUUAUCCUAUGAAGUGAGUUCCAGUUCUUGCAUGUGCAACUGAAUACCAUACUUUAGCAGGUUUCUUGGUUAAAAUGUUUUUUUUGCCUUGUUCUUGUAAAAGGCUAGGCAGUGUGAUUAGAUGAGUUAGUGGAAACUGGCAAGGCUUUAACCCUUUCGCUCCCAAGAUUUCAUUCGUAAUUCUCCUGACUGUUUGCCAUACAAUUUAUGUGAUGUUAGUGUGGAGAAUUUGGAAUUAGAUCGACCAAUAAUCCCCAAAUUGAUAUUUUUUUCUAUUCUCAUAACUUGUCUGCUAUAUAUUGUACUGAUAGUGUGAGGAGAAAUUCUCUCUAGGUCACUAGUGGGACUUAAAGGAUCAAGAAUUGGCAUCCUGAGGAAAAUGGCUGGGAAAAUAAAAUGUAUUUAUAGGGAAAGAGAAUAAAUGACAGCUGUAAGAGAAAUUGAAGUGUGAACAACCAAAACAUGUUGGUCUGCAGGGUAGCAGCAUUGCAGUCAAAAUGUUACAAUUUUAAAUUCACAGCUUGAUUCUACAGUUGAUAGUGAUUUAAAAUAAUGAUGAAACAACUGGAGAAAAAAUCCAUUGUGAUAUGUCUUCCCUCUGAAGAGAAAAAAUGGCACCUGAUAAAUUUUAGCCUGCCUUUGUUUUAAGGGGGUGAGUGAUGGUCAAAAGGAGAGAAAGGGAACUGUCAAAAUUACUCCUUUUCUUUUCCAGCUACUUCCUCCACUGUCAACUUAACCCUUUAACUCCUAAGAUUAGAUUGUUAUUUCUCCUCCCUAGCUGCUACACACUUCCUUGUAAACAAGUUACAAGAAUUUAAUGUUAGAUCAAGCUCACAGCUUAUACCUAACAAGUUUGGGUAUUCUUAUUACCUGUUUGCUGAACAGUGUAUGGAUGUUGUAGGGAGAAGUUAUAUUUUACUCACUUGUGGGAGUUAAAGGGUGAAACACAGUUAACUGGAUAAAUGAGUACAAUUCAGGGCGUGAAAUUGCGCCUAAUACAGGCGCCAAUGCGACUAAAUUUUUCACUUUGGCGACCAAAUCCUGAAAGUUAGUCGCCAAAUUGGCGACUACAACGUUUCAUCAUAACCUUACCAAGGGAUAUAGUGAAUUAAAUAAAUUUGCAAAGAUAAAUCCGCGGCAAACUUCCUCGUUAAGUUUGUUUCCAAAACGUAGCACAUGCAUCUCGAUCGAUAACUAGACGCCAUCUUGGAUUUAGAUGAGCCUGAAGGUUGUAUAUCAUACAUCCUAGUGUCCAUUUUGUAGCACGUUAAAGAUCUUUUCCCGAACUUAAUUUUAGAGGGUCUAUCUAGAACGCUGACAGCGUAAAGAAAGAUUUUGUUUGUCUUUGAAAAUGGCGACCAACUUUUUUUUGAAUUGCCUACCACUUUGAAGAAUUUAGGAGCCAAGUGGCUAUCAGAAAAAAAAGUUAAUUUCACGCCCUGUACAAGCUUAAAAAAUAUAAACUUGCCCUUAUAAGACACCUGCAUCACAGGCUAUAUAGAUUCUAUUAUUUAUUUCAUCUUCUUUGUUAGUUUUUUUUUGUCUUCUUCAACAAAAUACUUAUGCCUAAUCUGAAAGGCUUGAAAAAUCUCUUUCUCAAGAAGGCAACCCUUUAUUAAUCCUUUAUUAAUCCUUUACACCCAAACAUCAGUAUGCAUAUUCUCCAUACUGUUCUCGAUACAUUUCUCUAGGUGCUGAUUAGGAGAAUUGUUUAAACAAUCAAGAGCCCCUUUAAUUGUUGAUCGUGACUUUAAUGAGUGAUUCGAGGGUGAUAUUGUAAGGAGAAAUUAGAUGCUAGUCACUCUAAGGAGGAAUAGGGUUAACAGAAUUCUGAUCCUUUGACUGGAAAUCACCAUGACCAUGUAGGUAGGAAGGAAACUAAGAGGAUCGAUUGGGGUAACCUGUUCCUGCAGGGUGAAUCUUGGGGUGUUUUCCUUGCUAAGGAAUCACUUCCAGGCCAACAUUGUCCUGAGUUGGCUGCUAAUCCAUUGAGUUACCCCACCUUGUAAUGUGAGCACAGUCUUAAGUGUCUUGUGUAUAUAACACAAACACAAUGCAUGGCUUGAAGCUGGAAUAGUUACUCAUUUUAAUUCGUUUGACGUGCUUGUUGUUAGGGUUUUUGCCUUCUCAAGGUAAUUGUAAGUUUGCCCUGUUUGCUGAAAAGAGACAGAAUUACUCAGCCAGCUUUUGGAAAUCAUUCUUUUAAAAAAGAUCAUUAUUUCAGAAGUGUUGGGUUCAAAUCUCAAUCACCCUUCAUUGAGAUGCAAUUUCUGAUCGUUCUUAAAUCAAGCCUGUCUUCGGUCAUUUCACAAUAAAUCAUUCUUUAAUUUGAUAAAUCCGGGUUAUUCGCGCCAUAUAAAUUUUGAAACCUAUGUUUCUUUUUUCUUUUGAAACACGAGAGCCUGCUUACAAGCUAGACAGACGGCAGUUAGAGAUUUGUUAGAGGCUGCGUUACACUGAUAGAACUUUAAUUCUUAGGUCACUUUCUCCGCUAUUUUAUUAUUUUUUUGAAUGAGGAAAAUAUCGCUUUGGAUAGACGGUAGAAGAAUUGAUAUUAUUUCAUUUACCACUUUUGCAAAACGAUCCUUGAAGAUAUCGAUGAAAUACAGAGAGGGUUAAACUGUAUAAUUCGGACGCGUUUAAUUGCGUCUGAAGUUUCCAACGCUGCGGCGUUUGUUGCUAUAAGGCCCCGACAAAUUAUUCAACUGAAACCAAAAACACCUGCACCAGCUUUCUCUCUUAUUGGCCCAUAGGUGUAAACAAACUUGGUUUGAAUUAGUUGAAGCUUGGCAUGCGUUUUUGCUCCCUGUGUGACAACCAGCGAAAUACACAAGUACUGUUUGCCUACAAAUUAUCUGCGAGAAAAGCGGGUAUCUAGUUUUUUUAUUAUUAGUAGUAGUAGUAGUAGUACUGCACUGGAAACCGAAUUGUAAGACGCUGUGCUCAAGCGGAGAAAUUUCUCUGACAACACCGCGCCUUGUUGAAGAUUUAAUUUGCUUCAGCGCUCAGUUCACGCGUGGAUACAAGGUAAACAGUGUCGUUACUUUGGUGGAUCAUGAAUGUAUGUUUACCAUGUAAUCCCGCAAGAAAUAUUAAUUGGGUUUUUGGUAAGAUUUUGUAAAAUGUCGCGUAAAUUGUGUAACUACGAAAAACUUUACCUUUGCAAGUUUAGUGUCGCGACUGUGUGAUUCGCAACUUUUUCUUUUUGUUUCAAUUGCCCGUACUUUCGCUUUCUGUUCCUAAAAAAGUCUUAUAAAAUUUGGGUGUGGUAAAUUUUAAUGCGAAAGAAAAUACUGUAAACAUCAGAAGUAACAGAAUUUUCUCCGAUUAAAUUUUAGCAAGAAUCUAUCCACAAUUUUAUGUAUAACAGGCAGAUCAUUAAGUGAUUCGUUUUGUUUGGAACAAUAUGUGCACGACUUGUUUGGACAUUAAAUUUGUCAUAAUUUAAUUGGAAAUAAGUUUUAUAACAAAUUCAUUUUCCGCUGCCUAAAAUAGUUCUUUCAUAUUUACUCUUAACCUAAAUGCCAAAUUUUUACUUCUAUUAUUGAAACGGUGCAGUUGAAAAUUUGGACAUUUCUUGGAAUGCGUUCUCUAAUAUUGCACAAUUUCAUUUUUCCCCUAGCUUAUUUUUCUGUAAUGUGAUAUUUAAGGAAUAGUUUGUGGAAUAUGAACUCUCGUACAAUUUACGAAAGCAAUUAACUUUAAAGGGUAUUCUCAAUUGCAAUCCUCAAGUUGAAUCCUUCAGAAACUGCGAGGUUUUUCCUCCAGGUACAAAGAAAUCGUUUCUUAACUGAAUGUUGAUUGGGGCGUAUUGCAAAAUUACGUGACAACUAUUCAUGUCACCUUCGGCGCUCGUGUCACGCAAUCGUUACAAUUGUUUUCUCCUCACUGCACGCGUGUGUUUUCUUUUUACGUAACUGAGUAGAAACGAGGCCCUAUAUUUGUUGUAAUGUAUCAGUCUAUUCAAUAUACACGGUUUUCUGACAAUAAUGCAAACAAAUUUGUUAUUCAGUUAUUUGAUUGUCAUGAUCUUCACAGGUAAAUAAAGAAGGCUGAUAGGAACGAUGACGACCACCACUCAACGUCUUGUAGAUUACUACCACUGGGCCAUUGGUAACGGUGGUAAGUAUUAUUGACUCCUUGGCUUCCUGCUUAGUUCCCUGCACCCUCCAUCUACCAACGGCACCACCCAGCUUCUCACUACCUACCUUCCCACUUCACUAUCGUCCCACUAACCCUCUCUACCUAGGGCGUGAAAUUGCGCCUAAUAGAGGCGCCAAUGCGACUAAAUUUUUCACUUUGGCGACCAAAUCCUGAAAGUUUGUCGCCAAAUUGGCGACUACAACGUUUCAUCUUAACCUUACCAAGAGAUGUAGUGAAUUAAAAAGAUUUGCAAAGAUAAAUCCGCGGCAAACUUCCUCGUUAAGUUUGUUUCCAAAAUGUAGCACAUGCAUCUCGAUCGAUAACUAGACGCCAUCUUGGAUUUAGAUGAGCCUGAACGUUGUAUAUCAUCCAUCCUAGUGUCCACUUUGUAGCACGUUAAAGAUCUUUUCCCUAACUUAAUUUUGGAGGGUCUAUCUAGAACGCUGACAGCGUAAAGAAAGAUUUUGUUUGUCUUUGAAAAUGGCGACCAACUUUUUUUGAAUUGGCUACCACUUUGAAGAAUUUAGGAGCCAAGUGGCUAUCAGAAAAAAAAGUUAAUUUCACGCCCUGCUACCUACCUUAAUAUUGAUAUCAACGGUUUUCAUUUCAGACCCAAAAACUGAGGAAUGGCCACUUGUAGCCACACCUUGGCCAACCAUCUCUCUAGUGGCGAUGUACCUGUUCAUCGUGAAGGUCGGACCCAAAAUGAUGGAGAAUAGGAAGGCCUACGAACUACGAGAAAUUCUCGUAGUUUACAAUUUCGCACUUGUGCUUCUGUCCGGAUGGAUGAUGUAUGAAGUGAGUUAUUGAUCUUGCUAGGUGGUGUAUUUCAUGGUAUGGUACACUAUGUCGAUUUAAGUCACCAUUUUAGGAAGUGUCUCUCAAAAGACGUAUUGUACCUGACACCUCUUGCUUGUUUUAAUCUGCAGUUCAUCGCCGCUGUUAUGGAUAUACCCAAUUUCAAUCUUCUCUGUGAUGCUGUGCCUUACGUACGUGACGAUGCAAGACAAAACCGGGUAGGUGAUUUAAUAAUCUAAAAUUGCUUAGAAUUCUUGAAAAUUCAACAGGUAAAAGGAUUGCUUUGACUAUUUGAAAUUUUCGUUUACCUGUCAUGCAUCAAUUAAGGGAGAACACUGUGUUUGGAACAACAUGUUACCAGGACGCAAGAUCAAAUGCAGUAAGUAGUGCUGGUAAAUUAUAGGUAGCACCUUAACGAACCACUUAGUGGAAGGGAGAAGAUAAUGAGGUUUAAAAGGAUGAAGAAGAGUAAAAGAUUCAUCCGUGCAUAGCGAGUUCCCAGAAAAAAUCGUGUAAUUGAAGUGGUACGAAGCGGAAGAGUCAGAGAGAACUUGUCUCUAACCAUUUUAUUCUCUCUUUCUUCUUCCCAGCUGGCUCGAGUUUGCUACGUAUAUUGGAUGUCAAAGUUUGUGGAGUAUUUUGACACUGUAAGUGUGCAGUGGGCAGUUAUGAUCCUGUGUCUUGAAUUGAUCUAAAGGGAAGGACCUUAAGCAAACUAUCACAAAGACGGCGACGAGGACGUGACAAAACAAAAGAUCUAAUAGGCUAAAUAGUAGCUCAGUACGUGCGUUUUAAAACUUUGUUCAUCAUUAAGUGGAAUCACCAAAAUUUGUGUGGUCUGAGAACAGAAAAUCCUGUCGGCAAGUUAUUUAAGUUACCAGUCUGACUCAACGCUACUCACCAACAUUAUGCUAAAGUUGAGGUGUGUUGCCAUAAGAGACGGUAAAAACAUGCAGCGAUUCGCGAAGUUCUGACGCAAAAUAUAGAUUUCUUUUUCAAUCUACGUCUUCCUCGGUGUUCCCUUCAUGACUGCUUGACGUGAUAACGACGGCCAAUGAGAAGAAGGUCGCUGUAACAAGUCGUUACUGGUCUCAGUUUGUAAUUUGAUUGGUUCAGACGGUGACGCCACUUUACGUGACCACCUAACCCCUGUUUUGGUUUAUUACUAAUCUCGAAGAAUUAUACUUAAAAGUAAAAGAAUUUUAACCCAAUGCGUUCCAAAGCCGUGUCGUAUCAUGCCUUAGUUUUCCCAAUUGAUCUUGCGCAACUGCAAUAACUUUCUGGUAAUGUUUCACAUCUGACAGCCAAUUAUUCAGUUUCUGUGCAGAGGGGCUUACCUAGGUAAGUGUAGUGCGGUGUUCGUCCGCACUGAAUCGUGGGAAGGAUAACAAUUUUGUAUUUUUAUUUGCAGUUUUUCUUUAUUCUCCGCAAGAAGAACAACCAAGUAUCAUUCCUGCACGUGUAUCACCACGCCAGCAUGUGUGUGCUCUGGUGGAUGGUGUGUAAAUGGGUACCCGGUAAGUAUAUGGGGAGGAGAGGGAGGGGGCAGUUCUUGAGUGUAUAUUGGUAGGACUUUUUACCUUUUUGUGUUUGAGUGUGAGAUGCCCUCAUUUGUGGAAAUACAAAUGACUUCAAUUAGUUUUCAUCGUGAAGUUCAAGAGAAAAAUGCUUGUAGAGUGGGCAAAGUAGAGCUGUACAAUCUUGGAAGGAACUUAAUUACAUUGAAGAAGUUGAUUAAAAGGCUGCCUCAACAAUUUCAAUGAAAGGAAAAUUGACUUUGAAUGUCCUUCGAGAACAACACAACGACAACAAGAACAACAUUGAUAACAAGACAUGGGAAUUUUUUUUGGAAAAUUAUUCAUGGUAGCCUUUAAACUUUAAGUUUCUUUGAAAGUUUGUUCAAACUGACUUUUUCUCUUCUCCCUUUUUUUUCCAGGUGGUGUCUGUAAGUAUACUUUCUUUUUUUGAAUCCUGAAUCGUUUUACCCAAAACUGUCUGUGUUUAUAACAAGUUCACCAACGUGAUGUUUCUCUUCUUCCUAGCUUACUUCGGUGCCACAUGCAAUAGCUUUGUUCACGUGAUCAUGUAUGCUUAUUAUGGUCUGUCUGCGAUCGGUCCUCAAAUGCGGCCUUACCUUUGGUGGAAGCGUUACAUUACCAAGCUUCAACUGGUAAGUAAAUUUGUUUCGACUUAGAACUCGUUGUUAUAAGUAGUCCACUGUCACUCUGAAUGCAUGGGGUAAAUUUCGAUUGGUGGAGAAUUAUCACGAGGGAAUUAAAUGAUAAGCCAUCAAGACUCUGCAAACAGAGGAAAAGUCAAAAAUCAAAUUGAUGACGUCAAUCCCCGGAGGACUGUACGACGUCUCUUAUUGGUCAUCAUUCGGGCGUGCGAAGCAACAACCAAUCGUGUGCGACAUUGAACACAUAGAAUAAACAAAUGCUCUCUUUACUUUUUUCAUGGACUGGUAUUCGAUGGAUAACUUUGUCAGAAAUGGUCAAAAACCAAUUUAGCAAUUGUCUUGAGAAUUUAUUCUUUCCAUUUAACUACCAAAUAGUGGGAUUACUUUAAUUGUUUAAUCUCUGUAUCUUACAACAUCCCCUUUCAUGCAAGAACCAAAAGGUGGGUGUACCUACCGUGGUGCAGCCGGUCUCCUUGAAGUGUUUUGAGCAGCUGUUCUUGGCUAGGAAUCUCGUUAACCUUUUAACUCCCAGAAGUGAUUAACAUGUAACCUCUCUCUUAAACGUCCACAUAAUUUUCAGCAAAUGCUCAAUACUUAUGUCAAGUUUUUAUCUUGUUCUAACACUAAAUUAAUGUGACUAAUUUGCAAGGAAAUUUGUAAUAUUUAUAAUUGCAAUCAGAUCUGGGAAGUUAACAGGUUAAGCUAUAACUGUUUACUGAUUGCUUUAAUAUGACCGGUGGAAUAACCGUCGACGGUCUUGUUAACACUUGUGCGAUGCGCAGGAGAAGGAGCCAACCUCAAAAGCGGAGUUGAUUUUCUUCCCUGGCGCGUCUGAUCAGUGAAAUUAAUCCUCAGGGGAGAGAGGCCUAACUUAGCCACGCGGUUUAAGUUCAUUAUUUUUUGUCAAUUAUUUUCCAACUUCAUAUGCAAAAACUUCAGUCGACAAUAUAUCAACAACAGCAGAGGAUGAUCUUCAAAAGGCCCUGGCAUGCACAGCUACAUGGGAUCAGAACUUGCUAGCGAUUAUCCCUAAUUAAGGAUAAAAGUACAAAACAUGGUUAACCUUUAUUCUGCGCUACCUGCGUGAGUAUCGAAUAUUACGUCGCUUUGCCAGAAGUUAGGCACAAAAAAUUCUUGAACUCCUCAAAAAAAACUUCUGCUUAUCUCACAAGUGUGAAGAAGCCGUAAAAAUUGUUAAGAAAGACUCGUGGGGUUUUUACUUAGAAUAAGUUAACUGGAAUUAGUGAUUAAUGUAAAGUUUAAUAAAACUCUAACAUUAUCGGUCCCUUGACUGGUCUCUUAUUAACUCAUUCACGUUUUAAAUUAACUUUAACUUUAUACCAGGGUAUUGCGGUUUUUUGAUUUAAAAAAAAACUUUUAAUACAAGUGAUAACAUCAUAAAUACCUCGGUGAAAUAUGAUACUCUCGACAAAGGUAAUCCAUUAAUCAGAUCAUUUGAUGUAACUUUCUGAGUCGUCUUUGGGAUGGUGUUGGAAUUUCUCGACAAGUACAGGUAUGCUAAACGGAACUUGUUUUUAUCGACGAGCAGCACUCUUUUCAUGUUAAGUUUUUAGGUUUGUGAGGAUAGUGAGCGAGACGCUAACGUCAUUAUCUGUGAAUACGAUGUAUGUUUAGUUUCUCAGUCUAGAACUCUUAGAGAAGGAAGUCUUGUUGUGCAUACAUUCGAUCAGAAUCAUGGGAUUUCUUUUUUUUUUUUUUUCAAUCAUUUCUAAACACGUGCGCGAUUUUUCAGUGGGCAGUUUUGAUCUUGAUAAAAAUGUGUUUCCGAACUCAAGCGUUUACUGUGUGUUUGCGCUGCUUUAUAUUUCUUAUUACAUCGUAACAUAUCAAUCUGGGAAAAAAAUUUGGAAACAGUAUAUAAAGAUUGAUUUUGCUAUCAAAAGAGUAAUCUCGUGAUCUCUCGAAACUCAAGGUGACGCCACUCUGUGAAUGCUCCAGCGUUAUAGCACUGCUUUAUAUCAAGGCGAAUCCCGUACAAAUGUAUGUGUGGAAGUUUUCGGGAAAAUUUCUCUGGACUUAUUGCUGUUUAGUUAUGUAGGUAUUCUGUAAGAGCUAGUUGUAACAACUUUUUCAGAUAGAUAUGUCAGUCAGCUAAUGUGACUUCAUAGAAUGUUCUCUUGAUGUAGAAAGAAAUCCUAAAUUAACAGCGGAGCCCGCAUCGCGUGCAGCGAAACUCCAUACUUGUCAAAAAUUGUAUUAAUACUAGUAGUUUCCAAGGAGAGUGAGGUACUGAAAAGCAACAUACGUUAGUAUGGAGAGAUAAUAUGCUUUGGCAGUGAAAUACUUGAAAAUUACAGUGCCUUUCUUUUUUUCAGUAUACGAACAAUGUCAUGAUAGCAAGCUCUAUUUAUACCAAUUUUUAUUUUAUGAGUCACAACUGCCCAAAAUGAUUUCAUCAGCUUAACGUUUUUCUUAAUCUAAAGCUAUGUAAAUUAUUGAAGAUUCUAUAAUCGGUGCAUUGUCCUUGGGUAGUCGUUAACAACUGGAAUACUUCUGUGAAAUGGAAAGGCUUCAAACCUCUGAGGCCAAUAUUGUUUGCUUCCUUUUUGCUGCUCUUGUUUGCUAAGUUAUUUAAUACCCGUGGGGGAAAUUCUCAUAAUAUUUUCAACUCUCAAACUAAGUUGCAAGUCUCCUUAUUUGGCCAUAUUGUUCAAAAUGAAGGGGUAUAACACAUUUGAGAUUUCACAAUUUUCCACAAAACAGGAUUGUUCCUCGGAGUUUUUUUCAAUUGGACAUAAUUUGUUCCAACUGUUUGCUUUGCAGAGUUUUGUGAUUAACCUUGCAAUCUUGUGCUAGACACUCAGCCAAUCAGGAGCUUUCAUUGUUCCCUUGUGAUACUUUCCUUUGUUCUGAUUAGCCAUCGUGAUUUCAAUAGAAAUGUGUGCAAUAAGUUUCGUGUAGUGAUGGCCUGUUUGUCUCAUUCUUAUUUUUAGACGCAAUUCGCCGUGGUCAUAGUGUCUGGCUUUUUUUCCUUGCUGGACCACGGUUGUAAAUAUCCAACUUGGGCGAAAUGGGUCAUGGUGUUUUACACCUUCAUUAUGAUGGGAUUGUUCAUCAACUUUUACAUAAAAACCUACCUGCAAAAUAGGAGUAAUAAAGAGAGCGGCAAAAAGAAAGCGUAGACUGGACUGGCGUGACUGGAUACCGGAAUGGACGAGCAAAUGCGACUCAAAUUAAUUAUUUUUGUAUGUAAAUUUUGGAUAUUUAAUUUCUUAUUUAACGGUGAUGGGUUGACAAAAUUGAAGAAUAAUUAUCAGGGAAACUGAAUGGAAGAAAGACAGAAUUUGUUUUAGGCAAACCAUUUUACAGUUUUGAAGUCGUAGCAGUAGAAAACCCUAUGAAUGAACAAAGAAUGAUAUCUUUUACAUAAAAUAUUUUAUUAUGCGACCCGUACAGCCUCGCACGUGCCUUUAAUAAGAAAAUUUCGUUAAAAAAUCCUCGCAAGAGGGCCGUACGCGGUGGUGCCGUUGAGCAGGGCCGUACAAAACCAUACACCCCAGGCAGAUGCGAGCUUAAAUAAUUGGCUCUCGGUCAUGACGCACGAACCUGGCUGGGCUCGGACAGUACGUCAUGACCAUGAGGAAAAUAUUUUCCCGUUCGACCCCUUAACUCAGUCAAUAAGUACGUAGUUACACAUUUAUUGUACUUCCAUACAGUGUAAACGAUAUUCGUGUUUUUUCGGAUAGCAAGGUGUAUGUAAAAUUAAUUUACGAUAAGUUUGAUGUUUGCAAAAAAAAAAAGUACGAAGCCCCGAUAUAAAAACGUCUCUCUUUUUUUCUUUCUUUUUACCUUGGAACUUUUAUUACCGGAAUAACAUGCAGAAAACCGGCCUAUCCAAUUGCAGGAAACGACCAAUAUUUUCUGAAUUUUUUGUCGUUUUUGCUUGCGUUAGUUCUAAAAGCCGAUUGUUAGAAGUGUAUGAAGUUGAAACGAUUGAAUAAAGAGGGAAGGUUUCUAAAGAAACUGUGGUGCUGCGUCAGUGGGGAGGUAUUGCAAAAUAUUUGGUUUUAUCAACUGAAUUGAUGGUGUAAAUUGGCCACCGUAAAGAGUCUUUCAAGCUGACGUCUCGAGCGGUAGUUCUUCGUCAGAGCACUAAUUGUUAAAACUGAAUUUGUUUUAAACCUAUCGUUCGUUUCAUUUAAUACAAUUUUUUUGUUUUCUUUUGGUAACAUCUUAACAGUAGUGGCUCUGUAAGUUAUACUGAAAACACUUCUUUCGAUAAUAAAACUGGUAGCGUGUUUGAACUUUUCAAUCUUAAUUAAACCAUUGUGCACUUUUCCAACACCAAUUUUUGGAUUUGAUGAACAUGUAACCUCUCCCUCGUUAUUCAGCAACAAGUAAUGAGAAUACUCAAACUUUUCAGGUAGAAAUUAUUGUGUUCCAACACCAAAUUUCUCAUAACUUUUUUAAAAUAAAUAUGCAAAUGCAAGAUGAAAGAAUAAAGAAUCAGAUCUUCACGAGUUAAAACGCUUUUUCUUAUUAGCCAUUCAAGAUAAAGUCGAUGAAAAAUGAAUGCUAGUAAUUCUUUAAUGUAAUAUCGGGGGAAAAAUGAAAAAAACUGAGUUGUAAAACUGAGCAUUUGAUUGACGAAACUCAUUAAAAUCUUUAAUGAUUAUCAAAAAUGACGAUGGGAAUCCAAAACAACGACAAGUAAACAAAAACAACAAAAUAAACGAUUUAAUCUCGGUAUUCGUAGGCCUUCAAUACCAUGAAUAGAUUUCGAACUUUUUAUCAUCGUAUUGCAGCAGUAAAAUACCGUUGUUAUGCAAAAGGAGUUUAAAAAAAAUGUAAUUAAAAAAAUACGCUCGAAACACUUCUCCUCGAGUCAAGGUAUCCGUAAUUUCUCAGUAACGUCAUUUUCUCUGUUGGGAGGAAACUCGUGGUGCCCAAAACGAAACUGACUUAUAUUUUUUGUUUUGUUUCUUUAAACAGACUCAGUUUGUACUUAUUUUGGUAGAGAUUUGUGUGGCGUUGCACCUUGAUUGCGGCUACAGUCGAAAUCUGCUGUAUG